GCGACGGCCCGCGUGGGGCCCCUCGGAGAGACCGAGACCGGCAACCUCGGGAGGGCGCCGCCGAGCCCCGGCCCAGGCCCGAUCCGGACGCCGGCGGCGAGGGUGCAGUCAUGGCCACCCAGGUGAUGGGGCAGUCUUCUGGAGGAGGAAGUUUGUUCAGCAACAGCAGCAACAUGGGCAUGGCCUUACCCAACGACAUGUAUGACUUGCAUGAGCUCUCCAAAGCCGAGCUGGCUGCACCUCAGCUCAUCAUGUUAGCAAAUGUGGCCUUGACUGGGGAAGUCAACGGCAGCUGCUGUGACUACCUGGUCGGAGAGGAAAGGCAGAUGGCAGAAUUGAUGCCCGUGGGGGACAACAACUUCUCAGACAGCGAAGGGGAAGGACUUGAAGAGUCUGCUGAACUAAAAGGUGACCCCAGUGGGCUGGUAAACAUGGAGCUGAGAAGCUUGGAGCUAAACGCCGUGGAACCACAGCCUGUAUUUGAAGCAUCCCCUGCCCCAGAAACGUACAACUCGAAUAAAGAUCUCCCUCCCGAAACGCUUGGGACCGAGGACAAAUGCAAGAACUUGAAGGCCAAGCCCUUCCGCUGCAAGCCCUGCCAGUAUGAGGCAGAGUCUGAAGAGCAGUUCGUACAUCACAUCAGGGUUCACAGCGCCAAAAAGUUUUUUGUGGAAGAAAGUGCAGAAAAACAGGCCAAAGCCAGGGAGUCUGGCUCUUGUACGGCAGAGGAGGGGGAUUUCUCCAAGGGCCCCAUCCGCUGUGAUCGCUGUGGCUACAAUACCAACCGAUAUGAUCAUUACACUGCUCACCUCAAGCAUCACACCAGGGCCGGGGAUAAUGAGCGAGUCUACAAGUGUAUCAUUUGCACAUACACAACAGUGAGCGAGUACCACUGGAGGAAACACUUGAGGAACCAUUUUCCUAGAAAAGUCUACACGUGUAGCAAAUGCAACUAUUUUUCAGACAGAAAAAAUAAUUAUGUCCAGCAUGUUCGAACUCAUACAGGAGAACGCCCUUAUAAAUGUGAACUUUGUCCUUACUCGAGUUCUCAGAAGACUCAUCUAACUCGACACAUGCGUACUCAUUCAGGUGAGAAGCCAUUUAAGUGUGAUCAGUGCAGUUAUGUGGCUUCAAAUCAGCACGAAGUGACCCGACAUGCAAGACAGGUUCACAACGGGCCCAAACCUCUUAAUUGCCCUCACUGUGACUACAAAACGGCAGAUAGAAGCAACUUCAAAAAACACGUAGAGCUGCACGUUAACCCGCGCCAGUUCAACUGCCCCGUGUGUGACUACGCCGCCUCCAAGAAGUGUAACCUACAGUAUCAUUUCAAGUCGAAGCAUCCUACCUGUCCUAGUAAGACGAUGGAUGUCUCCAAAGUGAAACUAAAGAAAAUCAAGAAGAGAGAGGCCGACUUGCAUAGUCACCCCACCUGGGACAAGACAGAGACAGAGCAAACAAAAACAAAGGGAGAGAUGCCGGCCAAGAAAAACGAGAAACCCGCGAAAGUAGAGAAAAAGGAUGUUUCAAAAGAGAAGAAGUCUUGUGGCAGUGUCUCAGUGGUCCAGGUAACUACCAGAACUCGGAAAUCCGCGACGGAGGCUAAGGCAGCAGAGACGAAACACAUAGAUGUACAUACAGGAAAUAAUAAAGAGAAAGUCAGUAAAGCCAAGAAAAACAAAAGAAAGGCGGAUGCUGAAGCCCAUCCCUCAGAUGAGCCUGUGAACGAGGAACCAGCGACAAAAAAGAAAAAAAAGAUGGAAAGCAAAUCCAAAAAUAGUACCGAGGUGCCAAAGGAUGACAGCAAGACGGAGCAGACGAAGGGGGACGAUAAAAAGCAAAAUACUUCCGUUAAAAAAGGUGCAAAGAAGAAAGCUCAAAAAGGUAAAUCAAGUAAGAAAGGCAGCAGACCUGCUCAGGAGACGCAGAAGGAGACAGAGCCUCCUUCCAUGGAGCUGGCUCAGGGGGAGGUCUCUUCCGUUCCUGCGCUCACUCAGGUGGUGGUCACCCCUACAGGUUCUACUCAGCCCGGGCUUCCUUCUCCCAUGGAUAUUGCUCAGACAGGGCCUGCUCAGAUGGAGCAGCCUCCGCCCAUGGAGCCUCCUCAGAGGGAGCCUCCUUCUUCCCUGGAGCUUCCUCAGAGGGAGCCACCUCUGCCCAUGGAGCUUCCUCCGAGGGAGCCACCUCCUCCCAUGGAGCCUGCUCAGAGGGAGCUGCCUUCUCCCAUGGAGCUUCCUCAGAGGGAGCCGCCUCCUCCCAUAGAGCCUCCAAAGAUGGAGCAGCCUCUUCCCAUGGAGCAUGAUCAGAGGGAGCCGCCUCCUCCCAUAGAGCCUCCAAAGAUGGAGCAGCCUCUUCCCAUGGAGCCUGAUCAGAUGGAGCCGCCUCCUCCCAUAGAGUCUCAGCGGGGACAUUGUCAGAAGAAGCUGCUUUGUCCUUUGGACCAUGCUCAGGUGGAGGUUGCUCCGACAGGGCCUCCUCACACAGGAUCUGUUCAGAAGGAACCUCCUGCUGCCAUGGAGCCACCUCUUCAAGUCAAAACAAUCACCAAAAGGUCAUCUCCCCGAAAAGAGAGUACAAAGGAGAAGUCGAGCACGCGGAGUGAGGUGGUGCGGCAGGAGCAAGUCCUUAUUGAAGUUGGCUUAGUGCCUGUUAGAGAUAGCCAGCUUCUGAACGGAAGCAAGCGUGCACAGGAUCUUCCAGCCCCAUCAUCAGCAUCGCCAAAGGGAAACUCAGGAAGAGACGAGACACCCAAGGACCAAGAAAUUGGCUCUGAUGGGGAAGGAAAUAAAAUAGCCCCUCUCAAGAAAGUAGGAACAGAGGAAGCUGGCGAGAGUCUAGCUACGCUUGCUGCUCCCAAGGAAUCUACCAGUGUCUUAUCCUCGGAACAGAACUCAAAUGUGUCAGAUGGUGAAACGUUACAUGCUAAGUGUCAGACUGGUUCAGCUGGGCUUUGUGAAAUGGAAGUGGACACUGAGCAGAACACAGACAGUGUCCCUGUGAAAGCCUCAGCAGCCGAACCUCCUGUCCCAUCCCCAACUGUGACGGCCUCGCCUCCUAUCACUUUGGCUGAAAACGAGUCUCCGGAAAUUGAUGAGGAUGAAGGCAUCCAUAGCCAUGAUGGAAGUGACCUGAGUGAUAAUAUGUCAGAGGGUAGUGACGAUUCUGGACUGCAUGGGGCUCGGCCAAUGCCACAAGAAGCAAGUUCAAAAAAUGGGAAGGAGGGGUUGGCAGUUAAAGUAACUGAGGGAGAGUUUGUUUGUAUUUUCUGUGAUCGUUCUUUCAGAAAGGAAAAGGAUUACAGCAAGCACCUCAAUCGCCAUCUGGUUAAUGUAUACUUCCUUGAAAAGGCAGCCGAGGGGCAGGAGUAGUGAGCCCGUGGAGUGCGGCUCCUCACAGUUUGUAAGCAUGCCUCACUUUUAGUUUAAGGCAGUAGACACACACAAGCUCGCUUUAAUUAGUGUCCAGUGCUGAUUUGUAAGUGACAUUAUUUUCUUAGGAUUGUAUGUGUUACCUAGUGACUUGCAAAAAUCUUAGCAAAUCCUAGGGAGUUAAUGUAAGAAAACAGAUACUUACAUCUGUUAGCUUGUGCAGUGAAGUGAAGUGAAGUGAAGGCAGGAUGGUGGAUGACGUUCUCCUGGGUGUCUACCUGCAACCUGUCGGGUUUUCUGUCCUUUUCACCAGUUUCUAUUUUUAGUUCCUUGUUUAGGUUGAUAAAAAUUGGCGUAGCAAAUUACUUGAAGAAUUUGCCUGCUUUAUAUAAGUAAAGUUAGCACUUUAAGGUUUCUUUAGAGAUGAGAAAAGACAUUUAAAUUGAAGAAAAAUACUUUCAACAGUGGACAUUGUAUCUGUCCAGGUAAUUGCUUCCUGACUUAUGGUCAAUAUUUUGUGCUUCUAUGUUAAUCAUUAUAAAAAGUGAUUUUUGGUGUUUUUGUUUUUAUUUUUUAUUUUGGUGCUUUACUGGCUUAAGAUGUUGCACAUGUUUUUUUUUUGUUUUGUUUUUUUUUAACCUAUGCAGUUAAUUCCCCUUUCCCCCCUAGAAAUAGCAUUGUGUUUAAUAGUAACACUUUAUACAUAUAUGCAUGUGUUUUGUUUUUUUUUUUUCUUUUGGGGGUUACUUUUAGGCUUGUUUGCAAAAGGGCCGUUUUUUCUGUGCUGCAGUUGUCUUUUUUGCCGAACAAUAGUGUGUGCAAGUUUAUGAGCAAUGGAACAUGCAGGUUCAAUCCAUUGUUUUUUAUUUUUAUUUUUUUAAUUUUAACCUCUUUAUCUAUGCCAGAAGCAGUUUCAUGUAAGUUAUUUUGAAUGGCGAGCAUCUGUGUAAUUCCACAGUUCUCCGAGUCUGGUUUUUGCAGUAAGCCACUAGAUCCCAUAUUGAACAAAAUUUAAUCUCAGCUAUCAGCCAUUAGAGUUUUUUACUUUGCUGUUUCUAGCUUAUUUCUUACAGAGUGAGAAGUCAUUCUUUGAAGAGUUUCUUUUUUCAAUAGAUGGCUGAUGUUGGGAUGGUUACUCAAAUCAAGUGAUGAGUGACAACCCAAGUCAUCCUUGGAAACAGCAAAUCUGUAGCCCAACAUAAUUAUCCUUUAAACUAGAGAAUAUCACUUGUGAGAAAGCCAUCAUGGCCACAUGGCUGAUCUAGAGUCGAGUGCCGAGUUCUGGCAAACAGCUGCAUCUUUCUUCCAAUGAGUACCUGAACAGGGCUGAUGUUAAUUAUGUAUAGUCCAGAUUUUAAGAAUCAUACUUUCUCAGGGAUCUCCACAAACUAGUGGGUGUCCUCGCUGCCCCUGUGAGACAGCCUCUGUACGGGAGAGGCCUCAAGUGACUUUGUUCCUGGUGUUCCUCUGGGGACACCUGUGUGAGAAAACGCAUGCUCCAGAACCAGCUCUCUGUGUCCUUUGGCCAAUGCCGGAGUGUGAAAUAAUCCAAUGUGGGAUUUUUCUUACUGGUGGAAACAAAGUAUGAUCCCAAUCGGGAAUUGUGACAUUUUGAUGGUCAUGUUCUGUUUUGAAAUAACCUCUGUGUAUUUCAUUUAUUUUCUUUUACCUGGCGAUCUCUGAGCAGGCUUCAGAUUUUGACAGUUGAUAAAAGAUACGACAAGCAUUAAUGUGUGGGUGAAAAGCUUGGUGAAAUUCUGAGUGAAGUUUUAGUUAAAGUUGGUUGAACUUGGGAUUGACUGGGAGGCCAAAGAUUUAAAAAGCAGAAGAUUCUCUCAAGACACAAGUUGUGUGGUAAUAGUGUGUUUUGUGUGUGUGAAUGAGAAUUUGUAAAUGUUGAAUUCUAGGCUCCGACAAUCAUUGUCAGUGCGGAUCAAGCUGCACGUAUUUAUGUUUUAAAACUUAAAUUAUAAAGCUAGUUAUGUCUUUCUAACAACUAGUUUUAAUGUUUAUGAGCAUAUUUUACCUACAUUACCUUUUCAAGAUGUUGAGAAAGACGCAUCACAAGCACAGGCUGGAGGCUGGGGGCUAGCUGGUUUUGAGGAGGAAGAGGUCUUGGUGGACUCUUUCAUAGAGCAAAGGGAAGCAAUGCCUUCUGGGAAUUGAGCUAAGUUUUAAUCUAGUCUUUAAGAUUAGAAGUCAAAAAACAAAAAUAUAAAGGAAAUUAAAACCUGAUUGAUCUUUGAAGCAUUGUUACGUGGAAUUGAGUGGGACUUUUGAGGCCUUUCUUCCAGAAAACAAGGACUUGGUUGUCAGGCCUAUAUUAGGCCUAAACCUUGGUGCCAUGUAUUUGUACUUAAAUCAUUUCAAUGGAAAGUGUCUUAGUGAUUGGAACUUCUAGUGCAGUUUGGAGUUCUUCCAUUUGAAAAAUGUGAUAUUUGCAUGGGAUUGUUUAAAUCUUGUUUUCUAGUCCCUCCCCAUCACCACCCUCAUAGUCUGAAGGUAGAUUUUUCUCUUGAUAAAGGAACAAAAAAAGUGAACAUCUUGUUUGUAAAUUGGUAUCUAGUAACUAGUGGUAAACUUGAAAUGGUAGAAUUCUUUAAAGCCUAAUUCUCGGUAGCCUUAGGAAAAUGUAUCUUAAUUAUUUUUGAACCUGUAUUCACCUUGUUUUUUCAAAUAUCUUAAGUUAUAUUUUCUUUUUCAGAGCUGCUUCUUAUUUGGGGCUACUUUUUUUUUUUUUAAUUGAGGCGUAAUUCAUAAAAGGGUACAUUGUUUUGAUGAGACUUUUUACAACUGUGGCUGGAUGUCUUUCUCUAGUCUUCCAAGAAGGGCCAUUUUACUUUUUUAGAGUUACUUUUUAAAGUCAUGAGGUCAACAACUUGGACUACUAUGCAUGUAAGUGCUAAUGCAAAUUAAAGCCCAAGUUGACCUCGAGCAGUUCAUUCUAUGUUGACAGUGAGAGAACACUUUGCCUGUUAGUAUACUGUUACUCGUGGACUGAAAUGCUGAAGAAACCCCUCUCCCUUUUUUGUUUUUACAGAAAUCAAGGUAUAUUCUAGGGUUUCCUGGUUGACCUCAACAGAUAAACUGAGCUGAUAGUCUUAGUUCAGAAAUGAUCUGAAUGUAGAUUUACAGUCUAUGCGUACAGCUGGCUAAGUGAGAUCACUUUUACAGUUCUGCAUGUAUCCCAUGGGCUCCCCAUUAGUUACUGAACUCUUCAAACUGGUAUUGUAACAUUACCACAUGUUUUGCGCCAAUUUUAUAAACUUUACAGUGCAAUAUGUGUUCCUUUUCUGAGGCAAACCAAAGGUAUAUUUCUCAAGGUUCUGCUGCUGUCAGCAGCGUUGAUGGAGGAUCUUUUAUACAUUUGUAAUAGAUAGAAAUAAACCAGAUUGUAGUUUUUGUUUUUCUUUUUUCUUUUUUUUGAAAAUUUAAACCAUGUACCAAGUUUCUGG